GUAAAGUCCUUCACAAAUCCAGAUGAAGUUGAUGAAUGGCUAUUAGGUAAUCCUUUACGUUGCCCCGGUGCUUUGCACUUUGUGGAGAAAAACUCAACGGUUAUUAGUUAUGGAAUUCAGACUAAUUCCACUUCUAUGCGUAAGAGAGGGAACUUUGAGGAUACAACAUUCAAAUUCCAAAUUCCUCUUCAAGUUGCCGCAGAGCGCGAAAUUGCAAGAACUUUGCUCGGAGAUCCUAAUUUUGACUGGGUUGUUGGAUUCAAAGAAUUUGCUCACCCUGCUACAGAAACAUUUUCUAUUGUUGGGCAAGCUGGACCAACAUUUUUCCUUGCUAUUGCCAUGUUCGGAUUUGUAGUUCAAACAAGUUCAUUUGUUACAGAGAAGGAACUUAAGCUUCGUCAGGCUAUGUCCAUCAUGGGUCUCUAUGAAUCUGCCUAUUGGCUGUCUUGGUUUACCUGGGAAGCUUUCCUUACGCUAAUUUCUUCUCUUCUCACGGUUCUGUUUGGGAUGUUUUUUCGGUUCAGUUUUUUCCUGCACAACAGUUUUGCAGUCCUCUUCCUUGUAUUCUUCCUUUUCCAACUUAAUAUGUUGAGUUUCGCAUUCUUGAUAUCAAAUUUUGUCAACAAGUCAUCAUCAGCAACUACAGUUGGAUUUUCAAUAUUCAUAGUUGGUUUUUUGACACAACUUAUAACUGCAAUUGGUUUUCCAUACGCGAAGUUUUAUUCCACAUCACAUCGUGUCUUGUGGUCUUUAUUUCCUCCCAAUCUUCUAGCAAAAGCACUCGAUAUGCUUGAUAGCUCAACAGCUACUCAUGAAGAUUUAGGAAUUAGUUGGAGCCGGCGAGGUUAUUGUACUUUUAAGGAGCCUGAGUGCAUAAUAACAAUUGAAAAUAUUUUUCAUUGGCUUAUUUCCACCUUCUUUUUGUGGUUUGCCUUGGCAAUAUACUUGGAUAAUAUACUUCCCAAUUCAAAUGGUGUGAGAAAAUCAGUAUUUUACUUUCUGAAGCGUUCAUACUGGACUGGAAAAGGUGGAACUAAGGCUGAAGAAGGCGAUCUUUGUGGCUGUUGGAGCUCUAUUCCACCUACAGAAUAUGUUGCUCCAGAUGAUGAGGACGUUCUUGCAGAAGAAACAACAGUAAAACAGCAAGUAACGUCUAGUAUAAUUGAUCCGAAUGUAGCCGUCAGGAUACUUGGGCUCACAAAGACAUACCCGGGAGCUACAAAUUUUGGUUGUUGUAAAUGCACGAGGUCUUCUCCUUAUCACGCUGUUAAGGGUAUUUGGGUGAAUAUAGCAAAAGAUCAACUAUUUUGCCUUCUAGGGCCCAAUGGAGCCGGAAAAACUACAGUUAUUAAUUGUCUGACUGGUAUUACUCCAGUCACUGGUGGAGAUGCUUUUAUUUAUGGAAAUUCAAUUCGAAGUGUUGCUGGUAUGUCAAAUAUCCGAAGAAUGAUUGGUGUUUGUCCCCAGUUUGACAUUUUGUGGGAUGCAUUGACAGCAGAAGAGCAUCUUCAUCUGUUUGCUAGCAUUAAAGGUUUACAUCCUUCAAUAAUCAAAUCGGUAAGUGAGAAGUCUUUGGCUGAAGUCAAACUUACUAGUGCCUCUCAUAUAAGAUCAGGAAGCUAUAGUGGAGGAAUGAAGCGCCGGCUUAGCUUUGCGAUAGCCCUGAUUGGAGAUCCACAAAUGGUUUUCCUAGAUGAGCCGACUACUGGGAUGGAUCCAAUCAGCAGAAGACAUGUUUGGGACAUUAUCGAAAAUGCGAAGAAGGGACGAGCUAUAGUCUUGACAACUCACUCCAUGGAGGAAGCCGACAUAUUAAGCGAUCGCAUUGCCAUCAUGGCGAAGGGAAGAUUGAGGUGUUUAGGAACCUCUAUAAGGUUGAAGUCGAAAUUCGGAACGGGUUAUAUUGCUAAUAUUAGUUUUGUUGGAGGUGUUCCCGGACAAACAACUCCUGUUGACGCAGAACUGGAUGCUACCCAUGAGCGUAAAGCUCAGCUAGUGAAGCAUUUCUUCAAACAUCAUCUAGAUGUGGAGGCAAAAGAUGAAAAUAAGUCGUUUUUAACAUUCGUCAUUCCCCGCGAAAAAGAGAAGUUAUUACCGGACUUCUUUGCUGAGCUUGAAGAUAGAGAGGAUGAACUUGGAAUCUCAGACAUUCAACUUGGUCUUACAACGCUCGAAGAGGUUUUCCUGAGCAUUGCGAAGCAGGCAGAGCUAGAAAGUGCGUCCAUCGAUGGGGCCAUGGUGACGCUAAAUUUAUCAUCCGGACCUUCAAUUCAGAUACCAAAGGGUUCAAGAUUUGUGGGGAUUCCUGGAACAGAAACAGCAGAUAAUCCAAGAGGUUUUAUGGUGGAAGUCUACUGGGAACAGGAUGAUUCUGGUAAUCUCUGCAUCUCAGGCCAUUCGCCUGAAAUCUCUAUACCACCAAAUAUACAAAUUCCAGAAAAUAAUUCCAAACGUAUUAGAAAUUCUGCAUCAAGGACUGGAUUUGUCAUUGACCCACAUCAAAUUCUGAAUAAAUGAUUCUUUUUAUUCAAAAAAUAAAGGGAAAUUUACAUACAUACCACAAUUCUCAUCUAUUCGCAUA